AUGGUUAGCUCCACUUGCCAUAAUGGCAUUUGCCCACCACCACCACCUGUGGGUCAUCAUAGACACCACCUAUCACCUCCUAACUCUGGGACAAUAUGUUCAUUGAACCACCUUAAAUUUGGAUGUUGUGGAAACUUGAUAAGUAAUUUUGGAGACAUUAUUGUUGGGACUCCAGGGAGCUCACCCUGUUGCAACCUUCUCCUAGGUCUAGUUGAUCUAGAAGCUGCUGUAUGUCUUUGCACUGCCCUUAAAGCUAAUGUUUUGGGUAUCAUCAAUCUUGAUGUUUCAAUUGCAGUAGAAAAGUUUCUUAGCAUCUGUGGCAAGGACAUGCCCUCUGGUUUUAAGUGUUUUUAG